AACCUUCGAGAUCCAGUGCUCGCCCCAGAUGGCGCGCUCCAACUGCGACCAGUCAACUCUUUCGUGAAGACGAUAUUUGGUGCGAAAGGCGGCCUGGUUUCGGGUUCUUUGACGCCGGAUGGCGAUAGACGUUGCCGUCCGACGACUCCCCACUCUCAUCUUGAAUGUGAUGUUUCGAAGAGAAUCCCUAAAAGUGGAAUUUUCGCGACAUUUCUCUGGAAGAGGGCAUGGCGGCAUCUGCGAACAUGGUAGCCUACAAAGUUGUGUUCUUUGCACUAGGUUGUUUCAUGCUGGCAACCCUCAUCUACACCACUGUGACUGAUGGGUCACCUUUCCGAAUCGAGCUCUUGACACCGUGGAUGGUUGCGACGUUGAUUGAUUUUUAUGUUAAUGUUGUGGCUAUAGUGGCUUGGGUUGCAUACAAAGAACCAACCUGGAUGAAAGCUUUUUUAUGGGUGAUUCUGUUAGUAUGUUUUGGCAGCUUAGCAACAUGUGCUUAUAUCACUCUGAAACUGUUCAAUAUUACAUCUCAACAUCUACAAGAUCCUGUAAGCCAACUCUUGUUGAGGAAGGAUCAUGAACAUAAUGUCAAGUGCUCUUCUAUUAUGAUUGGGAGAGUUCUCUUCAGCACUUUGGGUAUAGUUGUUUUAGUAGUAGUUGUUUAUACCGUAAUUACAGAUGGACUUCCUUUCAGGACGGAGUUGUUGACACCGUGGAUGGCUGCAACCUUAAUUGACUUCUAUAUCAAUGUCUUUGCUAUAUCGGUAUGGGUUGUUCACAAGGAGUCAACUUGGAUCAGUGCAUUCUUCUGGAUCUGUUUGUUGAUAUGCUUUGGCAGUUCUGGUGAAGGCAUUAUCAUUAGAAUCUUGGUGUACCGCUCGGCAUGCCGAUACCGUACUGUACUGAGCAAGACUAAUACGUUGUAUCACAACGUGUGCUUACAUUGUCAUUCAACUUCUCCGGCUCUCAUUGGAAGAUCCAAUGUACCAUGUUUUGUUGGACUCCCGCAGCAAGCAUGGAAGUACAUCUGCCAAGAAGGAUUAGUUGGCUUACGUGUAUGGAGUGACCGGCUGCGGUUUGCCUCGAUUGUGUGUGUGUAUGGAGUGACCGAUUAAAGUAUUUAACUACAAAAUCUGAGUCUUCGGAAUUUUCUGUUGCCAAUCAACUGAUUUGUGACUGUUGAAAAAAUGUUCAUUAUUAUGGCAUCUGGAUUUGUGACUGUUAAAAAAAUGUUCAUUCUUUUCUUUUAUAAACCUGCAUCUGGACAUGUUUGAUCAUUA